AAGAAUUCCAUUUUGGCUCCACCCAAAGAUCAGCUCACAUGAGAGCAGAGGAUCCAGAGCUCUUGUCAUGUAACCGCCUGGAUGGUGACAAGUUCUACUCCUAUUACACAGAGCAGUAUCGGAGCCCUUGUAAGGCUUAGCUACUUCUCAGCUGCAUUUGAAUUCCAGGGCAGGGUGGGAGGCUCUGUUCGGGUUUUGUAUUGCAUCACCAUAGUAUCUGAGAUUAUUUUCCAUUAAUUAGAUCAGCAGUGGAAUUCAUGGAGUGAGACUAACUCGUAUCCUGGUCUAAGGAAAGGAAACUUCUGCUUUGGGGUGGAGAGAUGUAUGGAGUAAAGACCUCGCUUACAGAACACUGGCUAAGCCGCCACAGGGGUGCUUGUCAGCGCAGCUGCCUCAGUGACGCCACAGAGUUAAGACUCCACUUUUUAAGGGACGACUUCUUGUCUUCAGCAAGAGCAAGAGCCAGAGCCUUCCCGUGCCCGGUCAUGGUCCAUCUUCACAGUCCUGCCAAGAGUCACACAGAUGUUGGGCACUGCGCCCUGCUGAGGCGAGAGGGCUGGUGUAACCCCCCUGGGCUUCCAGCUUGGCUGCUUAAAUGAAUCCUUGCUCACACAGAAUGGCCCCUGCCAACCAGCCGAAGGAAAAGAAGCACAUGAAGGCUCAUGAGCAUCAGCCAGAGGAAGAGGCAAAGUCAGCUGAGAAAAGGAAACGAGAAUCUGGAGAACUAGAGAAUGAGCCACAAGCAAAGAGACUGUUUGUGAGAAAAGCUAUGAAACCCCCAGAGAAAACAGACUGGGCUAAAGGCGGCUCCACGAUCAGAAACAUGGGGGUGCUCUUCCAUCAGCUGAAGCAGCAGUACAGCAUCAUCCAUUACAUCUACCAGAACAUGCUGGGUGGCUCUAUCCGGCCACAACUCAGACAGUGUCUCCAGCUGCCCUUCCUGCGUUCUCUCACCUCAUACCGCCCCUUCCGAACAGCAAGCCCCUUUGACAGGAGAGUGACAUGUCUGGAAUGGCAUCCAACGCACCCCAGUACUGUGGCUGUGGGCUCCAAAGGUGGAGAUAUCAUUCUUUGGGACUACGAAGUACUUAACAAAACCUGCUUCAUAAAGGGGAUGGGAGCUGGAGGGGCCAUCACAGGAAUGAAGUUUAACCCUUUUAACCCUAGUCAGCUGUACACAUCGUCAAUUGCCGGCACUACCACCCUGCAGGAUUUUAAUGGCAGUACGCUCCGGGUCUUCACCAGCACCGAGGACUGGGAUUUCUGGUAUUGCAGUGUUGAUGUGUCUGCAAGCUGCCGGACUGUGGUGACAGGUGAUAACGUGGGUAAUGUGGUCCUGCUCAGCACUGGUGGGGAAGAGAUUUGGAAGCUGAAAUUACACAAGAAGAAAGUAACUCAUGUGGAGUUUAACUCUCGCUGCGAUUGGCUCUUAGCCACAGCCUCUGUGGACCAGACAGUCAAAAUCUGGGACCUCAGGAACAUCAAAGACAAGACAAGUUUCCUUCACGUGCUUCCUCAUGACAAACCUGUCAAUGCUGCUUACUUCAGCCCAACAGAUGGUGCAAAGCUCUUGAGCACAGACCAACACAGUGAAAUCAGAGUUUACUCCUCUUCAGAUUGGAGCAAACCACAGCACCUGAUCCCACAUCCACAUCGGCAGUUCCAGCACCUCACACCAAUCAAGGCAACAUGGCAUCCUCGUUAUGACCUCAUUGUGGCAGGUCGUUACCCAGACCCCAAGUUCCCCAGCUACACUGUGGAUGAACUACGAACUGUUGAUAUAUUUGAUGGAAACACUGGGGAGAUGGUGUGCCAGCUCCAUGACCUCAAUGCAUCUGGCAUUAUUUCACUUAAUAAGUUUAACCCUAUGGGAGACACACUGGCCUCUGGCAUGGGUUUUAAUAUUUUGAUCUGGAGUCGGGAGGAGAUGGUGGCCAAGAAGCAGGAACACCUCUUGAAAGCCAUGACACAGCAGGGGAUUGGAGGCAGGAGCUCCUCCAGACGUGGGGGGCAGAGACAACCAAAUCAAGGAAAAAGCAAACUCAGAGCCAAGCUGCUUGCUCAGGAACUGGAAGAGACUAAAAUAAAGGGCAAAAAUACCAAAUCACAGGGCAGAAAGCAGAAGAAGGAUCUAGAGGACUGAUCAGACAAAGCUGUUACUGACAGUGAGCAAG